UCCUGUGGCGGCUGGGGCAUAGGACAAACAAGUGCACGAGCCGAUCCACUCUUGCGCACCACCUGCCGAGUGGAGAAUGUUCUCCUGCUGCCUGCAUCUGAAGAUGUGGGAUUGACUUUCAUACACAAUUGCCCUGCUAUUAUGCAACUUCUUGGAGUGCUGUGGGAUGUUGCAGUUUUCUCUCUGUCCACAGUCGUCCUAUCUCGAGGCCACGAUACCCCAACCCAGCCCAUACCACUUUCAUUUGUCUGCUCCGAUCUCCGAAAUUGGUCGUCAGUUGCUCGAGCUUUCGUCUAUUUUUGCUUAGAUCCAUUGGAAAUGUGA